AUGGUGUCACUGAAGCUCCAAGCUCGCCUGGCAGCGGACAUCCUGCGCUGCGGCCGCGGCCGCGUGUGGUUGGACCCUAACGAAGCAGUAGAGAUUCGCAAUGCCAAUUCACGCAAGAGUGUACGCAAGUUGAUCAAAGACGGUUUGGUAAUGCGAAAGCCUGUUAAGGUGCAUUCGCGCUCCCGCUGGCGCCAGAUGAAGUUGGCGAAGAGCAUGGGACGCCACGAGGGUACCGGCCGCCGCGAGGGUACUCGCGAAGCACGCAUGCCCAGCAAGGACCUUUGGAUGCGCCGACUUCGCAUUCUUCGCCGUUUGCUUCGCAAGUACCGCGAAGAAAAGAAGAUUGAUCGGCACAUCUACCGCGAGCUGUACAUGAAGGCAAAGGGCAACGUGUUCCGCAACAAGCGCAACCUUAUGGAGCACAUCCACAAGGUGAAGAACGAGAAGAAGAAGGCUCGUCAGCUUGCUGAGCAACUCGCGGCGAAACGCCUAAAGGACGAGCAGAACCGCCGCAAGGCACGAAAGCAGGAGCUGAAGAAGCGUGAGAAGGAACGUGAGCGUGCACGCCGUGACGAUGCCGCUGCUGCUGCCGCUGCCAAACAACGAGCUGCCGCGAAGAAGGCUGCCGCUCCCGCUGCCAAGAAGGGUGGCAAGGCUGUUGCCCCCGCCACUCCUGCGAAGGCCGCCCCUGCAAAGGCCGCCGCUGCGAAGGUUGCCCCAGCGAAGGCGGCUCCCGCAAAGGCCGCCAGCCCUGCCGGGAAGAAGGCAGCGGGUAAGAAGUGA